UAAAUUCAAAAUAAAAGAUGCUUUCAGUUCUGUUUCGUUGUUAAUUUUGCCCUUUGUCAAUGAUUUCUUUCCGAUUUUUUUUUCCUGAUUGGAGUCACCUCAGAACUGUAUCAACUACAAAGCUGCAAAGAUUUAUCUGUUGGUAAUAAUUAGAAGCUUUUAAGAUGAAUCGGAAAUUGAACGGUAAGUUGUUGUAGACGAAGUGAGCCCUGAGUUCUUUGUUGUAUCAAUGUUCAUUCAUCAGUGGAUGCUACUAAAUUAAUAGAUUAUUGGGGGCUUGGAUUGGUAAAAAAUUUAAGUGGUUUUAUUUUUUUUUUUUUAAAUAAAAGCCUAUUUUUGCUGUUAAUUUGGAUUAGGGUUUCGAUAAGAUAUUAGUUAAUUACAAAAAAUACGUUGUUUUGCAUAUCUUGUUCGACAUGACUCUUGUGGCAUCGUGUCAAACUUACAUUCCUUGGACAUAUGGAAUCACUUUAAUAUUCUUUAAGUUUACGCUAUCAAAUAGUGAUGAUUUUGUUUAUGAAAUCACUAUAUUCUCAGACUCAAAUGCCAUUUAAAAUUUCCAAUUAAAUGGAUGUCUUAUUUAGAAAAUUAGGUUAGAAAAGAGAGGAGUUUUUUAUUAUUUACAUGUAUACCUCUAACAAGUUUGUCCCUUUUAUUUUUUACCAUGUCUAUUUUGAAGAUUAAUGUAUUUUAGACAUACGGGGUUGAUUUAUUGAUCAAAGUUUCCCUGCAAAAACUUGUAGUUUUGAGUCUUAUAGUUAGGAAGUUUUGAUAAGGGAAUGACUACUCCUGUUCAUGUAUUUAUAAGUGAAUGGAAAACCGGGUUUUCUUGGAGAAUUGUCAUACACCUCUUGUAGGCAUUUUAGAUGCUUAAUUGAACGCUUGAAAUUGAUUGAGUAGAGAAGUUAGAACGUCAAUGUUUUACUAAUGAAAUACUGCAAAUGUGUGUGAUUUACUCCUAGUUCAACUUUAUUGAGUCGCUUCCUUUUCUUGUUUUCUUAUGCAGUCAUAUCACGAGGUAAUCUUGCUUUGUUCUGCUCUGGUGCUUAUAAACUCAAGAAUUAUGACUACGCAGGUUACAACAACAUUAUCUACUUAUCUUCUUGCCAUGGCCAUUGGGGAUGACGUGACAGAAAGCUCUGUUUCUUCUUCAAGUCUCAAUUCUGAAGCAAUUGAGCAGAGUGGAUCUGUGUUUUUACCAGAAGAUGUCACCUGGGCAGAUUCCUGCUUGAGUAAAGAUCCCUUAAUGCUAGAAAACGGUUGGAACUCUCUUAAAGAUGCAUUGUUGGAAACUCUUGGAUCUGAGCCGGACUCUUCUGCUAGGGCAAAAGACAACGAUACCCCUGAAGGAGCCGAGAUAGGGACUUUUCCUUAUACUUCAAGUGAAGAUAUAGGAAAUACGCAUGAUUCAGUUAUAGCAACCAUUAGUACUGCUUCCAGUGAUAAGGUAUCAGAACUGAACACCGAGAAUACUGAUAAUUUCUGGUCAAGAACUGAUGUGAAAAAUGUUUUCCUUCCUACAUACAAUGAGAAUUCAAAGGAUCUUGGUGGUUCUAAUCCUGAGGUGGAUUUUGUUUUUAAAGAACCUGAAUUGGAGCAAUCAACUGAAGACAUUUUCAAGGUAUGGGAUUUAGACAUUCCCCCCGAGGAGGAUGAACUUAUUAAGCAGUUGAAUAAAGCCCUUGCAGAAAGUACUUUGGAGCCAGAACCUUCGAUUCCUGAUGAUUCUGAGCAAUGGAAAUGCUUGAAAGACAAGUCACUUGAUGCUCUCAUUUCCGGGAUUGCCGAUCUGUCUUUGAGCCCGAAUCAGUUUUAGAAUUUUUUUGACCUUUUAUCUUGCAACCAUACAAAGUAGUGUAGUUAUGCUGCUUGAUUACUGAGAAAUCCUCUCGUUUGGCUUUAAUGUUGGAUUAUGGUGUUUUUCACCACAUUGGUUUAGAAAACACAAUUCUUCAUGUUCCCAACUUCUUGGCUUACGGUUUUAGCAUUUACUUUAAAUAUAAAUCUCAUUUUCUA